AUGGACGAAAAGCUCAAACCAUACGACAGCGACGACGAAUACAAGCUCAAGCUACCUACUCCCACCCGUAGAGAGUCCGAGUCCUCCACGGUACGUUCACAAUGUGUCUUGGAAAACGCCAUGUCCAAAUCCACCCCUCACCUCAAGACAUAUGGCUUCUAUCUCACCCGAAAACUCGACCUGAAAAUCUGCGAUGAGCAAAAGAAUAUCAUCUACUUCGCCCAGAUCCACGAAUUUACAUCUGCUCCAGAUGUUGUCUUGCGUCAAGGAAUAGACAAGCACGCCCCCAUUGUCGGUGUUGCACGGUUUCGCUUGUCCUCAGACCUUAAGCUUGGCCUGGGCGACCCAGAUACCAACGAGAAGGAUACGGUUUGGGAGAACAUGAAGAAUAUAAGUUGGGGUCUUGGCCAUUCUAAGUAUUGCUUCGAGAUGACGGUCAACAACGAGCGAAGAUCCUUCCUUUGGCAACGCACCCGGGACUCUGCCGACGGCGUGCAAGGAAUUGGAAAGCUGAUCAAUUGGAACUACAAGCUUGUAGACGAGAAAACAGGCGAGGUACUAGGAGUGUACCUCGACAACUUGAAGAGUUGGAGCAAGAAGGGGAAGUUGCAGCUGAAGGCUGAUCUCGGCGAGGACUGGGAGCUUAUGGUCUUGCUUGGGUGCCUGGGACUUUGCGAAAAAGCAAGCAGAAGGGUAAGGCGUCGGGCUGGCGCAGGAGCAGGAGUAUAUGGUAACUGCUAA